AUGGAAAGGGUUGUUGUGUAUGGAGUAUUCGGGACAAGUUUGUUGGAGGGUGCCUCAACCUGUCGCGGGAUCCGUUUACGAAAUAAUGGCUUCCCCGCCGGGACCACACCGCCACAGUCGAAGCGUCUGUUCUGGGAUUCAAACCGUUGGCAAUCCCAUAUUAGGACAGCUAAUCUUGAUCGAAGCCCAACGCAAUGA